AAUUUAAUUUAUGAAUUAGUCCUGUAACAGGAUUGCUUCCCUUGAGUAAAAGAUACUUAGCCAGCCGCUAGAAGUUGAUCUAGGGAAGUACUUCUUUAGCUUAAUUGAAUUGUGACACUAUAAAGAUUCUUCAAAAUGCCAGGUGCUGUACUAGAACGUCCUAAACUGACCAAAACAAUGUAUACAGCACUGAAAAAACAUAUUAUGAAAGAAAGAGAGAAAAAGAAACAAGAAUUAGAACAGGAUGAACAAUUAGAAAGAAUGAGAAAGGAACAGGAAUUAAGGAAGAAAAAAGAAAAGGAAGACAGUUUAACCUUAGAACAGACAAAGGAACAAAUACAAAACAUGGAAAAGAAGUUAGAAACUCUGAAGCAAGAAAAGCAUGAGUUAUUUUCUCAGCUAAAGAAAGUUUUACAUCAGGAGGAUGAAACCAGAAAAAGAGCACAGAUUAAAGAGCAACAAAAUGAAAUGUUGAAUAUCCAACAAGCUUACCAAACUCACAUUCCAGUGUCGAGUCAUUCAAUGUUGUCAAUGCAGUCUGGGAGACCUACACUUUAUAGACCACAACAGCCAAUGAUCCCUCAAAUGACGAUGAAGAGACCACACAGUCCAUCACCCCCGCCAACUUCAGUAUAUCAACAGUACACAGAGUCAAAAAUGAUGCAACCAACGGCACCCAAGCAACACAGCCCUUAUCCACACCAUACACAGUCUGAUUAUAAGACUAGUUCCUAUCCUGGACACACCCCGUCAAGUCAGGUGACAUACACCAGUAAACCUUCUGUUCAUACUUACCAACAACAACAGACAGCAGUUUACACUGGAAAUAAAUCUCCCGGUAAAAGUUACCCAGCAUCACAAUCAGCAUUUACAUCAUAUCCUAACCACUACGCCCACCAGCAACCGAAACAAAUUCCAGAAUCUUACCCUGGAUAUCCCAGGAUGCAACAGCCAACUGGUUAUAUGGGUCAAUCACAUGGGUCUUUACAGCAGCAAUUGGAGCAUGCCAAUCAGAAAGCUGGUUUUAAUGAAGAAAAUAAAUAUAAACUUCAACAGCAGCAACAGAUUAGAGGAGUUGCACCAAUACCUGCCCAGACCCCCCAGGGACUAAUACACCAACAAAUACAGUUACAACAGCAGCCACAACAAAAGGGCAGCAUAGUAACAGGAUACUCAGCCAGAGGCCAGGCCCCACCCCAGUCUUCUGCUUAUCAACAGCCUCAACAGAACUAUUCACCACAACAAGCAUCCCAGGUGAGAAUGUCGACUCAGAUGACAGGUCAACCAAUGACAGGACAGCCAAUGACAGCUCAGCCAAUGACAGGACAGCCAAUGACUGCUCAACCAAUGACAGGACAGCCAAUGACAGCUCAGCCUAUGACUGGUCAACCUAUGACAGCCCAGCCAAUGACAGGACAACCUAUGACAGCCCAGCCAAUGGGAGGACAGCAUGGUGGGAGACAAUAUUUUUAAGAAGACACUAUAUUAGUGAUGAGAACUUGUUUUCUGUGUUGUUAAAAUGUGUAGUUAAUAACUGAUUAUCUACCCUGCUUUGGUUAUACAAAGUAUUCAAAGUUUGUACAGUUCCAAUCUUCAUUGUUUACUUGUUGUUUUUUGUUAUUGUGGUUAAGAUGUUUAUUGUGAAACGGGAGAGCAUGAUUUUCAUUACAAAAUUACAUUGACUCCUCCUGGACUCGAACCAGCGACCUCUAUGUUACAAGACAGUGCUUUAACCGACUGAGCUAAAUAGGAACUUUCCUAGCUCAACUGCUUACGGCUGGCUAAUUAUCUACUACAUAUACUAAGGGAAGCAAUCCCAUCACAAUUGUUUACUGGUAUGUAAUGUGUUUUACUUGCUCUGAAUUCAGAAAUUAAUGUGUGGAUUUAUCAUUGCAAAGACCUGAUUACUGGUAAAAAUGUGAGAACUAACUUAUACAAUUGCUAAAAUUUUGUGAAUUUAAAUCACUACUGAAAUUAUGAAUGCAAGUUUUAAUUAUUGCAAACCCUGAUACUGUUGCAUUUUUCACAUUAAUAAAAACAUCGCAAUAAUUCAUGAAUUUACAGUAUGUAAGACUGAUAGAACAUACCUAUUUUAAGAAAUUUCGCAGUUCGUAGGAUAGACAAGCUUGAUUAUGAUUGUAUUUUUUUCCAAGAAAUAAGUGUAUACUUGUUUACCCAUGAUUGUACAACCUCUUUGUUUUAUGUAUUUGUUUUUCUAUGCUACACAAUACUACAUGUACAUACUUCAAUAAUUGGUUUGAAACUGGAUAUUGUAAGAAAUCAUUCAUAGAUCUCCGACUUCUGGUUUUCUACUUUUAUUGGUGGAAAACUUGGGUGCAACUAUAAAAAAAGUUCUCUCAGUUCUCUUUAUAUUUAAUUUCUAGUUAACUUCAUGCUUAAAUUAAAAAAAAAAUUGAAGCAAAAUAAAUUAAAAAAAAAAUGAAUUUGAAAGAAAGUUGGGUCUUCAAAGAGUUGGUGCAAUCUUUAAGUUGCUAAGUAUAUGUGAUCUUUGGUGUUUGCCCCUUUACAACUGACUUUUCAACAAUGUCACUUUAUUUCAUAAAUGUGAAUCAGAUUGUAAAAUUCACUAUCUAAAGACUAAGGUUAAGUCAUUUUUUUUUACACAUUAAUGAAAAUAAUGUUAUUUCAUUGCUUUAACAUUUAUUGUCAGUGAGGUUAUUCAUUCACAAUGUUGUUUUUCUCUGUACAUGUAUGUCAAUAAUCCUUGGAUUUAGAAAUAAUGAAUUACUUUGAUCCAAUAAUAGAAAAACAACAAAUAAAUAUAACAUUUAUGUUUUGCUAUAUUCUGGUAAAAUAAGGACCCCAUAACUAUUGUGCUAUUAAUUUGGAUUGAAUAGUUCUUAUAUUUUGUUGUUUUUGCUUUUUUAUUUGUUUUCACAUUGUUUUACAUAUUUUUAAACAUUAUUAUAUAUAAGUAUCAUGUGCUAUAAGAAAAAAGUAGAAAAGUUGUGUAAAUUGUUAUAAAAUGUGUACAAUGUUUACCAAAUAAAAAUACAGUUGUAAGAAUAA